GAACGUCACCUCGUGGCCUGGUCGCGCGUGACCGAUAACGCGGCCCUUUAAACGCGCUCGCCCGCGCGCCAGCUCCCCGGAUUUUCUUCUCUCUUUAUUAUCGUUAGCCCUUUCCCUCUUUCCCCUCCGUUAUUUAUCGAUACACACGCGUUUUCGUCGCUCGCUGGCGGCCAGUAGCGCACGCGUCGUCGCUACGUGCCACUCUGUUCGCGACAGACAGCCCGAGAGAGAGAAAAAAAAGAUCCGUCCGACGCGGUGACAUUUACAGGGUGACACGAAACGACGCGGCGUACGGGAUGCACGAUAGCCGAUAGAUACUCCCGGGAGGGACGUCGUCCUCGAGGCCAGCAGCGAUUUACUCGUCCCUCAUCGUAGCGGAAGUCUCUGCUCCGGUUGCUCCGUCGCGACUCCGCUCGAUAUAGAUGUCACACUACAGUAGAAACACCUGCGAUCAAAAGACUGCGGUGAUUGACCAUGAAAGGAAGUAUCAGGAGGACUUGGAGCAGGCCAAGGCCCUCAGUCUGGAAAGCUUGGCUCUGGAGAAGUACAGAUUGGAGAAGCUGCGAUUGGAGCUUAGUAACGUGCAACAGGCGUGCCUCGCGCAAAACAAUGUGUGCAAUACGAAUAGCGUGCCGGAGACAGACAGCUCGCAAGGAGAAAGAUUGCAAUGCAGAAGUCGACCAAGACCAGGAUCCAUUAACACAAAUCAAAAGAGUACUGUAAUAUUGGCACCGCCACCUCCAAUACCGUGUAGAAGAAAUUCGACGACUACCGCAUCAAAUCAAGAUUCUUCUACCGACCUAAUCAAUUUUACAAGCCCUGUAAAGCAGGAUAAUCUGGCUGAAUAUUGUUCGGCUCCACCUCCGCCACCGCCAAAAGCAGCAUCGUUAGAGCCUAAAUGGGAUACCCAUCCGUCAUUAUUGAAGAAACAAUCAAGAGUGUCUCGAAGUAAUAGCUCAGUCAGCGCGUAUCAUUCUAGAGACUUUAGAUAUCAUUCUCUUUCCCCAGGCCCACGAUCUUCCACAGCACCAUGUACGCCAGGAACACCGGGAAUUAGCCCUAUCAUGUCAAGAGCUAGUAGCGUUAGCAAUAAUGUACCUGAUAUUGCACCACAGCCUGCAUGGAAAUCUGUUAUCUUUAAGCAUUUUUUCUUCACACAGAUUCCUCCAUUGCCUAUGAAUUAUAGACCAACUGUUCCACCUGCCAUAUGUGGAACACCAUUUUUGGAUGAUGAAAAGUUGAAUGUAUUAAAAGUGAUAGAGAAGAAACCAAAUAGCAAUCUUAUAGAUUUGAAUAGUUUCGAGCAAACAGAGGACAAAACAAAUGUACGAGUUAGCGUGUUGGAAGCAUUCGAUCCGUUACUUAUUAAGACUGACAACGGAAAUAAUUCUAUACCAGAGCAUAAAGAUGAUUCACAAUCACAAGUUAGUGGCAGUGUAUAUGAUCCAUUCGAUCCGUUUGAUUAUAUGUACAGCACAAAUGAAAGUGUCAACUCGGAUCCCGUUUAUGCUGCUGUGGAAAAAUCUGCGAAAUCGCCAGCUGUAUCGCCAGCUGCACCACCUCCACUGCCUCCUCGAAAUUCAUCUGCAUGGAAUACCAUAGAGAGACGAAGAACUUCCUUAGAUCGUCGACAGAAGCGUCAAACACGAUUAUACGAAAACUUAACAGUCAUUAAAACUAGAUCAUCUCUGCAUGAUUGUGAUCUGAAGGCAUUUCACAACAUGAUAAAGUCUAUACGAAGCGAGUUUCCGUUUAAUAAUCCUAGUACAAAUAUUGGAUACGUUGUUAGCCCAAUAAUGGAGAAUCUAUAUCCAGAUGGUACAAGUAUAAAAUUAGUAGUCCAUCCACAAUUACUCAAUAACGAUAAAGAUCCUGUAUCAUCUAUUACUUUCACUUGUAAUGUGAAUUGCAGUGUCGAGCAUGUUAUCUUGAACGUCGCUUGUUCCUUGGAGGAUGAAGAUACAGUAAAUGUAGAAAAAUAUUGUUUAAGAGUAUGGGGAUUAGCUGAAUACCUUGCACCUAACACAACCUUAGCACAAUACGAAUACAUACAUCUAUGCAUUAAAUUAGAAAAAGAUAUCGAAUUAGCUAUAAUGAGCAGGGCACAAAUUAAACAAUCCAUUGCUCGAACGCUACAAGAUGAUAAUUGUGAUCAAACUCUAAAAUUAGAAGAUAUUCUACCAAAUGAACCGUCACAGCCUAUUUCAUAUGAUACAUUAGUUAUUUUAUUAGAAACAGUAGAAAAGGAAAUGGAACGCGUAGAAACUGCAGCGUUACAAUUGGCAACCACAAAUCAAGGUUCUACCUUAUUACCUCAACUUCAACCGCACGGCGUAGUGCAAGCAGUUAAAGCAGUGUGUGCCUUAAUGGGAAACAUCGAGACAUUCGAGAUCACGGAAGCUAUUGACAAUUUCGUGAAUGCUUGUUGCCAAUUUUUGCCGCAAGCUCACACAGCUAAUAUAGACUGUAAAAAGCCCGAGAUUAUACACGAAGAUGGCGAUUAUGCUGUGGUUACUUUGAGGAAAAAGUUUCCUGAUGUGAUCGCCUCUCAUUGUCAUAAAACUCGCGAUGCUAUUCAGGAACUCGUCGAGACCUACUGUCAUGCGUUUAGGGUCGAUUUUCAACUAAAUAACAAAGGAGAAUUUUCGACAAAUACACUGAUUGCGACAGAAGUAAUUGAUACUAUUCUGGUGCGUGUUGGAGCUUUGCACAGGCUACCAACCACGUGGAAACACGACGAUUAUAUAGUGGCAGCUCAAAUCUUUCACGGAACCAGACCUGUGGGAAAUCCAGUUUUAUCAGAACCAAUGACGGUUAGCACAAAUUUUUAUCCAAGGAUUUUAUUUAAUUCGUGGUUGGAAUUUCGCGGAAUAAGUGUAUGUCAAGUACCACGGGAAGCUAGACUUGUGUUAGUUCUUUACGGACGUACGCUGCAGCCUGCGGAGCACGAAUCCAACUCAUCCGCGGAAAACGCAAUGCAGAAAGAAGAACUGGGAUGGGGUGCUAUACAAUUCUUCGAUUAUGACGGCGUUAUGAGCCAAGGGAGUUUUUUUCUGUCCCUUUGGCCAGCCAUUGCAGACAAACGAUUAGGUCCGGCGCCGGCGCCUGGAAUUCAUCCACGUGGCGAUACUCAUCCUAUAAUAGGAGUAGAAUUACCCGAUUAUGGAGGAAAAGUAUUAUUCCCCAAUUCCUCGGAAUUGCGAGAUUAUGACGUGGAAUCGUUAGACUUCAACUCGUUAGAUCAAAAUACACAAGAAUUAUUAAUAGAUAUUACACAGCAAGAUACAUUCUCGAGACCGCCUAUCGAUGAGAGAGAAAUUCUAUGGGAGAAGAGGCAUUAUUUACACGACAGACCUGAAGCUUUACCAAAAGUAUUACUGGCUGCACACAGUUGGGAUUGGGCGUGUCUACCGGAUUUACAUGCGUCGCUUAGAAUUUGGAGUCCACUGCCUCCGGUACAAGCGUUACAAUUACUUUUACCAUGCUUCCCAGAUAUGAAAGUCAGAGAGAUGGCAGUUGACUGGAUUCGCGAAUUAAGUAAUGACGAAUUGGUCGAUUAUCUGCCGCAGUUACUUCAGGCGAUGAAACACGAGACAUACGAAGCAUCACCUCUUACUCGAUUCUUAUUAGAACGUGCCUUACUUUCGCCGAGAGUGGCUCAUUAUAUUUACUGGUUACUAAAUCAAGCGCUGCCGGGACAAAGUCCCCAGGUACAGAAUUCUGGUGAAAUUGCCGCGGAAGAUGAUAAAGCUAUCAGUUGUGCUCGUUAUCAACGAAGAUUGCAGUUAAUGUUGAGAGCGUUAUUAGCAGUUAUCGGAGAUGCGCUGAGAAAGAGUUUCCUCACUCAACAAUUGCUAGUUAAAAAUCUGCACGAAGUGGCUGAGAAUAUCAAAAUUACAAAGGAAUCGUUACGAAUGGAUACGCUUAAAACUGGUUUACAAAAUAUACACUGCCAGUUAAUGGAAGACGAUGGAACAUGCUUACCACUGUCUCCCAGCAAACUAGUGUUCGGUAUCAAUGUACAGACAUGUGCCUAUUUCCCGUCGUUCACUCUCCCGUUGAAAAUUAACUUUAUCAGUUGUGACAAUGUUAUAAGCCCAGCAAUCUUCAAGGUGGGCGAUGAUUUGCAGCAGGAUAUGUUGACUCUCCAAAUGGUACGCAUUAUGGACAAAUUGUGGUUGAAGGAAGGCCUCGAUUUGAAAAUGGUCACUUUCGCCUGUGUGCCCACUGGUCACAAACGCGGAAUGAUAGAAAUGGUAACAGACGCAGAAACGUUACGGAAGAUCCAAGUUGAGUUUGGGUUAACUGGAUCGUUUAAGGAUCGACCGAUCGCGGAGUGGCUUGCGAAGCAUAAUCCUUCAGAAUUAGAAUAUGAGAGGGCGGUAGAAAAUUUCACUGCUUCUUGUGCCGGCUAUAGCGUUGCCACUUACAUUUUAGGAAUUUGUGAUAGACAUAAUGAUAAUAUCAUGCUAAAGACAUCUGGUCACUUGUUUCAUAUUGACUUUGGAAAGUUUCUCGGUGACGCACAAAUGUUUGGAAACUUCAAGAGAGAUAGGACGCCAUUUGUGCUGACGUCCGAUAUGGCAUAUGUUAUAAAUGGUGGUGAUAAACCUUCAGCGAAAUUUCAUCAUUUCGUGGACUUGUGCUGCCAAGCUUUUAAUAUAGUGCGAAAACAUGGAAAUCUUAUUCUUCAUCUUUUUGGACUGAUGACUUCGUCCGGUAUCCCUGGGGUGACCGUGGACGCAGUUAGUUACGUACAGAAAGCUUUGCUUCCUGGACAAACAAAUCCCGAAGCAGCGGCGACCUUCGCUCGCAUGAUAGAAAGUUCAUUGAAAAGUUGGUUUACGCAAUUCAACUUCUUCCUGCAUAAUCUGGCGCAGAUGAGAUUCUCCGGAGAACACACUGAGGGGGAGCUAUUAUCUUUUAUUCCACGCACGUAUACAAUGCAGCAAGAAGGUGAGUUAACAAGCGUUCAGGUUCAUGGAUAUCAAAAACGUUACGAUCCAGAGAAAUAUUACAUGUACAUUUUACGGAUACAACGGAAGGGCCAACCGGACCCGACAUAUCUAUUCCGAUCAUACAAGGAGUUUUGCGAAUUCUAUCAGAAAUUGUGCAUACAUUUUCCACUUGCUAAAGUAACCAGCUUACCAAGUGGAAUGAGCGUGGGACGUUCUAAUAUUAAGCAAGUAGCCGAUAAACGACGGGCGGAUAUAGAAAAGUUUCUUGUAAGUUUGUUUAAAAUGGCACCAGAAAUAUCCCAAAGCGAUCUGGUGUACACUUUCUUCCAUCCGUUAUUACGAGACCAAAAGAACCCCGACAUUCGUUUACGUAAAGUCAAAGUGGGAAAUAAUUGGUGGGCCGAGAAAAGAGUUCGAGACAACGUACAGAGUGGUCAGAUCAAGUUGGCUCUUCAUUACGUUCGCGGCACCUUAUCUGUCAUGGUUUGUCAUGCCCGAGGACUCCCUAAAGUGGCUAAUGCUCAAGAGCCAAAUACGUACGUGAAGGUAUACCUCAAGCCCGAUCCUACAAAGGCGACGAAACGGAAAACGAAAGUAGUAAAGAAGAAUUGUCACCCAUCAUUCAUGGAGAUGUUGGAGUAUAGAAUGCCCCUAGAAGUGAUCAGAGAGAGAACGCUUGAAGCAACGAUAUGGAAUCACGAUACUUUGCAGGAGAAUGAAUUUCUCGGUGGUAUAAGUUUGCCGCUCGGACGUCUCGACUUGACGAACGAAACUAUCGAAUGGUUUCCGUUAGGUAACGUACGAUAAAGCGAGUAUAAAGACUGCCCUGGAGUAUAUAUAGAAGUCCCUUAAUGCUCAUAUAUAUUGUUGUUAAGAUAUAGAUGAUAUAAUAUUAGCGCACAAUAUUAAAACUUCUUUAUUAUGCACAGCCAAGUGCAAUAAUCAUCGUGCUUUAUGACAUAAAAAUAAUUUUUAUUUAUAUAAUUUCGUGCAUCUAUAUAACAGAGCUUCGUUUCUAUUUGACGAAGUAAAGAUCCGAAAUUGAUAAAUGUGAAAAAUUGUGUGAUAUUUGAAAGAAGAUAACUAUAUAUAUGUAGAAAGAGAAUCGACUUCUGCAAUAACUGCUAAAAGAGAUAUAUACAUAAUGACAGUAAUACAGAAUCUAAAAAGCAUCUAAAUCGAGCCUGCAUAAUAAAUAGAUAAAAAGGAAAAUGUUACAAUAGUUCAGAAUUGUAUAUCGUACGUGCAUAUUCCUUUAAUUAUAUUUUUGACGUAUAUUAUAUCUGAAAAUCUGACAAAUUCAGCAUGAAUUUAUUAGAUUUAUGUUGGAAGUUUACUCUUUUAUACAAAAUUUUAUACACUUAUUUAUUUAUAUCACUUUUUACUGACUAAUAAUCACCGAUUGUAAAUAGAAUGUACUUUAUAUCAUAUAAAUAUGAUAAUGAAAUCGUUUAUAACAAGCAAUUCUACAAUCUGAACGAAAGAGUUUGCAGUUUUCUAUUACAGACAUAUAUAUCUAAUCAUAUAAAAUUAGAUAUAAAAAUAGUAUAUAAAAAGUUGAAUUUUGAUAUACAACAUAUAACAGAAUCAUGUUUCACGGACUUUUAUGGUGUUAUUUUAUUAGGAGAGAAAUCUACAUAAUUGUCUGUUUAUGUAAUGGCCUCAUUUAUAAUGAACAAUUGUAUUAUUGAUGAAACUUGUAAAUAUACUAUUAAAUCUGUGUAAUAAAUCAAUUUUAAAUUA